AUAUAAAUUUUAAAAAAUGGCUAUUCACGUUACACCUCUCGUCUAUCUCAUCAUCCUCAGUUUCUCUAUCUCUGUAGUUCUUUUGUCAGCAUCCCCAACUCUUGUUCUCAAUCUUAUUCAUCCCCACCAAAUUUCUUCCAUAAAACCUUCACAUGUCUACCUUAUUGAGGAAGCGUCUACUGCACGUCUAGACUACUUGCAAGCUAAAGCAACCGGAGAUAUCAUUGCACACAUUUCCCCUCUACCAACAGCUUUCUUGGUAAACAUUUCAAUAGGGAGUCCACCAGUCAUGCAGCUUCUCCAUAUGGACACGGGAAGCGAUCUUACGUGGCUGCAAUGCCAUCCGUGCACCAACUGUUAUCCCCAGAGCAUGCCCAUCUUUAACCCUUCAAGAUCUUACACUUACGAACAAGAAUUUUGCAAAACCUCAGAAUACUCUAUGCCUAGCUUACGAUUCAAUCCAACAACCAGAUCAUGCGACUACUCCAUGAAAUACAUGGAUAAGACAGGGAGCAGAGGCACACUAGCUAAAGAAACGCUGUGGUUUAAUACCAUUUAUGGUGAGUUUUCCUCAGCUUCUUUAGCUGACGUUGUUUUUGGCUGUGGCCAUGAUAACUAUGGUAAACCGCAACAAGGAACCGGUGUCCUCGGUUUAGGAUAUGAGAAAUUUUCGUUGGUGCACAAGUUCGGUUCAAAAUUCUCAUACUGCUUUGGAAGCUUAGAUGAUCCUUCUUACCCACAUAACGUCUUAGUCCUGGGAGAUGAUGGUGCAAACAUUUUGGGAGAUACGACACCGUUAGAGACCUAUCGUGGUUUAUAUUACGUUAAAGUCAAAGCGAUCAGCGUAGACGGGAUCAUUCUUCCGAUUGAUCCGUUGCUAUUCCAACGUAAUUCCCAAAACGGUUCAGGCGGCACAAUACUCGACACUGGAACAACAUUGAUCAAUCUGGUCAAGGAAGUGUAUGAGCAUUUAAAAAACAGAAUUGAAGAUGUUUUUGGCGGGAGGUUUACCAAGGCAGACAUGCCUAAUUCCGUGAAGAAUAAAGUACUGGAAUGCUACAAUGGAGAUUUUGAGCGAGAUCUAGUCGAGUCCGGAUUCCCGAUUGUAACGUUUCAUUUCUCAAAUGGAGCAGAGUUGUCGUUAGAUGCGAAGAGUUUGUUUAUGAAGCUUACACCAAAUCUUUUCUGCUUAACCAUUUCCCCGAGCAUUGGUGGUCAUCUGAACGUCAUAGGUUCAUCAAUUAAUAGUAUCCCACCUAUGCGAGCCUGUGAAGUUCCGACAAAAAGCAAGACGAGAAAGACGAUGAAGAAGAAGCUGAUUUUUCCCAAUCGAGUGAACAUUUUCGAAGCAUCACCAACCCUUGUUCUCAAUCUUGUUCACUCCCACCAAAUAUAUUCCCUAGAACCACCACGUGUCUCUCAUAUCAAGGAAGCGUCUGUUGAACGUCUAGACUACUUGAAAGCCAAGACAACGGGAGAUAUCAUCGCACACCUUUCCCCUAACGUCCCUAUCAUCCCACAAGCUUUCUUAGUGAACAUAUCAAUAGGUAGCCCACCAGUCACGCAACUUCUCCACAUGGACACGGGUAGUGAUCUUCUAUGGCUACAAUGUCGUCCUUGCAUCAAUUGCUAUGCUCAAAGUCUUCCUAUUUUCGAUCCUUCUAGAUCUUAUACUCAUCGCAAUGAAUCUUGUAGAACCUCUGAAUACUCUAUGCCUAGCUUAAGAUUCAAUGCAAAAACCAGAUCUUGCGAGUAUUCCAUGAGAUACAUGGAUGGUACAGGGAGCAAAGGCAUACUAGCUAGAGAAAUGCUGAUGUUUAAUACAAUCUACGAUGAGUCUUCAUCAGCUGCUUUACAUGAUGUUGUUUUCGGUUGUGGCCAUUAUAACUAUGGUGACCCUCUAGUUGGAACCGGCAUUCUCGGUUUAGGAUAUGGUGAAUUCUCGUUGGUUCAUAGAUUUGGUACAAAAUUCUCAUACUGCUUCGGAAGCUUAGAUGAUCCUUCUUAUCCCCAUAAUGUCUUAGUCUUGGGAGAUGAUGGUGCCAACAUUUUGGGAGAUACCACACCGUUAGAGAUCUACAAUGGUUUUUAUUACGUUACAAUCGAAGCGAUCAGCGUGGAUGGAAUAAUUCUCCCCAUUGAUCCAUCGGUAUUCAACCGUAAUCACCAAACUGGUUUAGGCGGUACAAUAAUCGACACAGGAAAUUCAUUAACAAGCCUAGUCGAAGAAGCAUACAAGCCACUGAAGAACAAAAUUGAAGAGGUUUUUGAAGGAAGGUUUACUGCCGCGGAUGUGAAUCAAGAUGACAUGUUUAAAGUGGAGUGCUACAAUGGAAACUUAGAGCGAGAUUUGGUCGAGUCCGGAUUCCCGAGUGUAACGUUUCAUUUCUCAGAUGGAGCAGAGUUGUCAUUGGAUGUGAAAAGUGUGUUCAUGAAGCUUUCACCAAAUGUUUUCUGCUUAGCCGUGACCCCUGGUAAUAUAAACAGCAUUGGUGCAACGGCUCAACAGAGCUAUAACAUAGGGUAUGAUCUCGAAGCAAAGAAGAUCUCUUUUGAGAGAAUUGAUUGUGGUGUCCUCUUUGAUUACUGAUUAUAAAUUAAUAUCAUCGAU